GUCUCCUUGGUUGUUCUUGUUGCUUAGGACACUGCUGACUUCUUUCAGGCCAAGCUGGUUUGAAGGGGAAGUGUGGGCCUUUUUCAGGGGGCAAGAGUUGUUGGGCACCUCUUACCCCGUGGUGAAGAACUAUCAUGGAGGAUUCCCCUGCACCAUGGGAACACGGGAUUCUGUGCACAGAGCAUUGCAAAUAGCACCUGCAAAUGGUUGGUAAGGAAGAGUGUAACCCCAUAUGUACACAUGCAUCUCCUCUUUUUGUGCUUCAUCAUCAAUGGACUUCACUUCUAAAAUACCUGUUUAAAGAUAAAAUUAUUAGGAAUUUUAAGAUGGCAGCAAUGGAGCAUGAAAUCAAGUGUGAGGCCCUUUUGAGUGGGGGUCCUGGGUGACUGCACAGGUUGUAGCCCAUGAAGCUGGUCCUUUGGGGACCUCAUACUAAUUUCUGCUGAUAGCUGGGUCUGGGCCCUGGUUUAGGGAUCCAGGCUUCUGGGGAAAAGAAAGGGAUUAUGAUUCUGCCAGCUGGUGGUAAAAAAGGACCUGAGACCCUUAUAAUUAACCCAUGACAGUCUCAUAUCUCCAAGUAACAUUUCCCCUCUGCCACCCAGCUCUCCCCCCCCACAUGCAUACAUACUUUGAACAGCUGGGACAUUAAACUUAACACACUGUUACUUGUUUGAGCCAUGUCUGUGGGAAAGGUGAGGGACAGCACAAGUGCCCAGCUUACUCUCAUAGGAAUAGUCCUGAGCCUUGUACCCAUUAGGCCAUUUCCACUUGUAGAACCUGAAGAAUCAAAAGUUAGCAUAAGCACAGCUAUCUUAAAGGCUCAAACACCAUUUUCUAACCUAGAAGGAGAAAAAUUACUAGAACUUUGAAAAACAAGUUAGUCAGCCAGUGUUAAUUGUAGUGACCUUUAGUUAGCCAACCUCAAUCAGUUAAGCUUAUCUUGCUAGAACCACCCUAAACAUUCCAAAAGUGAUUUUAUCUAACCAGACCCCCAGGAUGAGGCGUCAGCCGAAAAUUUAUGUGUCUAUGAAAAAAAAACACUGUAUUGUGACUGUAGAAAAUACUGCCCCUUUGAAAAUGCUAUAAAAACUUCUGGCUUUGUGUGUUCGGGGUCCUUGUUGAGACCCGCUGCGUCGGGCUAAUGCAUGGACCCCAGCUAGCUGGCCUCUGAAUAAAUUCCUCUUGCUUGUUGCAUCAAGAGACGCCUUCCGUGAGUGAUUUGGGGCGGCGUCCUCCUCUGGGAGAAUCCAACAUUUGGGGGCUCAUCUGGGAUCGUGCGCUCACCCCGCUUCACUCCCGAAGCCGUUCUUGGAGGAAGAGGUAAGAUUAGUGGCGCCUUGAGUUGUCUGUGUUCUGUGUUCUGUUUUUCAGUGAGACCGGUUGGAGUUCUGAAAAGGGUACCCUCUGUCUGGCAGCCAUCCCGGUCCCGUAAGGGGUCGCGACUGCGGUCGGUAGAUGUACUUGGAGCACCGCAGGCUGCAACCCUGGGGGACGCCCCGGGGAGUUUGGAGGGCCAGGGACGCCUGGUGGCCUCCCACCUGUUUUUCCGCAAAAGUGAACCGGAUGAGAUAGGGUUGGUUUUUGGGCGCCGAGAGUAUCAGCCCACUGAUUCCUUCCGGUUCUUGGUCAGAAAUCUGAGGAAGACAAAAAGCGGCCGCUGUGUGUCUAAUCUCUGUGUGUCUCUGUUUUAUGUGUCCUUUACGUGUCUAAUAAUUGUUAUACUGGCAAUGGGAAAGACAGUGACGACCCCCCUUAGCCUGACAAUAGGUCAUUGGACAGAAGUGAGAGCAAGGGCGCAUGACUUGUCGGUAGAAGUUAAAAAAGGGCUGUGGCAGACUUUCUGUACCUCCGAGUGGCCCACUUUUAACGUUGGAUGGCCCCCGGAGGGGACUUUUGACCUCUCCACUCUGCUUGCAGUAAAAGCUGUUGUUUUCCAGAAUUCAACUUGGGGACAUCCGGAUCAGCAGCCCUACAUUGUGGUCUGGCAAGAAUUGGUGGAAAAUCCACCGCCCUGGGUAAAGCCCUGGGUGCGAAAGAAAGCAAACUCUUGAGUCUUAUUGGCUCAGGCUCAACCUCAGGGAAAAGGGAAAGAGACCACCAAAAUACACCCUGACACUCAAGACUUGCUCAUGGUUGAUGAUCCCCCUCCUUACCCUCCUGCCUCUGCCCCGGCGCCUGAGGCCCCGGCGGCCGAGGCCCCAGUGCCUCCGGCCCCAGCACCUCCGAUGCCUCUAGCCUCUGGUACCGAGGCAUCGGGGCCAGCUCCGGGACCGGCCCAGGGAACUCGGCGGCGCCGAGGGGCCGCAUUGGACCCAUCAGGUAUUUUUCCCCUCAGGUCUUAUGGGGCCCCCAUUCUCGGGGAGGAAGGAGACCCGCCUUUCCAACCUCUGCAAUACUGGCCAUUCUCCUCUGCUGAUUUAUAUAAUUGGAAAGCUAACCACCCUCCUUUUUCAGAGGAACCGCAGAGACUAAUGGGACUGAUAGAGUCCCUGAUGUUCUCUCACCAGCCCACUUGGGAUGAUUGUCAGCAGCUCUUACAGGUACUCUUCACCACGGAAGAAAGAGAAAGGAUCCUCCUGGAAGCGCGAAAGAACGUGCCUGGAGCUGACGGACGACCUUCACAACUCCCUCAUGAUAUAGAAAGGGGGUUCCCACUGACCAGACCCAACUGGGACUUUAAUUCUCCAGAAGGUAGGGAGCGACUAACCAUCUAUCGCCAGGCUCUGGUGGCAGGUCUUCGCGGGGCUGCAAGGCGCCCCACCAAUUUGGCCAAGGUAAGAGAGGUUAGUCAGGGAGCCGCUGAGGCACCCGCAGUGUUCUUAGAAUGCCUGAUGGAAGCCUUCAGGCGGUAUACUCCUUUUGACCCCACUUCUGAGGAACACAGUGCUUCAGUGGCUCUUGCCUUUAUUGGGCAAUCAGCGCCUGAUAUUAGAAAGAAGCUUCAGAGACUAGAAGGCUUACAGGAUUUGUUGUUGAGAGAUUUGGUGAAAGAAGCCGAGAAAGUUUAUCAUAAGAGAGAGACUGAGGAAGAGAAGGAAUUAAGGAAGGAAAAGGAAAAAGAAAGUAAAGAGGAAAAGAGGGAUAGGAAGCAUGAGAGAAAUUUAACAAAAAUCUUGGCCGCAGUAGUAGAAGGUAAGGGACGCCCGCCCUCUAGUGGUAGAACUAGUAAGGCAGGGUACCUGGGCAACUGGCCUCCUUUGGAUAAAGAUCAAUGUGCAUACUGCAAAGAGAAAGGACAUUGGGUGAAAGAAUGCCCUAAAAAGCCACUGCAGAAGCCUCCAAAAAAGGUGUUGUCUCUGCUGGAAGACGAAGAUUAGGGAAGACGGGGCUCGGAACCCCUCCCCAAGCCCAGGGUAACUCUGAAAGUGGAGGGGCAACCUGUUGAGUUCCUAGUAGACACCGGUGCUCAACAUUCUGUAUUAACUAAAGACAAGGGCCCUCUCUCUGGCAAAAAGUCUUGGGUGAUUGGAGCUACAGGCCAGAAACAAUAUGCAUGGACCACCCGAAGAGCAGUAGACUUAGGAGUAGGACGAGUAAGUCACUCGUUCCUCAUUAUACUGGAAUGCCCUACGCCCCUGUUAGGAAGGGACAUCUUAACCAAAGUAGGAGCCCAAAUAUCUUUUCAAGCUGAGAAACCUCUGGUGACUAAUCAGGAAAAUAAGCCUUUGAACUUGAGUAUUCUGACCAUAAGAUUGGAAGAUGAAUACUGUCUUUUUAUGGAACCAGAGCCCUCCCGGAUUAGUCAGGAGUGGCUCGACCGAUUCCCAGGAGCCUGGGCGGAGAUGGCGGGCAUGGGGCUCGCCAAGAACCAGCCCCCUGUAAUCAUAGAACUAAAAGCUUCAGCCUUGCCAGUGACUGUGAGGCAAUAUCCAAUGAGUAAAGAAGCCAGGGAUGGAAUUAGGCCACAUAUCCAGAAGCUUAUGGAACAGGAAAUAUUGGUAAAAUGUCAAUCCCCAUGGAACACCCCCUUGCUCCCUGUAAAAAAGGCAGGAACGGGAGAUUACCGACCAGUACAAGAUUUAAGAGAAGUUAACAAAAGGACACAGGACAUUCACCCCACCGUGCCAAAUCCCUAUAACCUACUAAGCUCCCUGGCCCCAAAAAACAUCUGGCAUUCAGUUUUAGAUCUAAAGGAUGCUUUCUUUUGUCUGCGCUUGCACCAGAACAGCCAACCGCUGUUUGCCUUUGAGUGGAAAGAUCCCACCACAGGAACUACUGGGCAAUUGACCUGGACUCGUUUGCCACAAGGAUUCAAGAACUCGCCCACCCUCUUCGAUGAGGCUUUACAUCAGGACUUGGCUUUCUACCGAGCUUCAAACCCACAGGUAACUUUGCUGCAAUAUGUUGAUGACUUAUUGAUAGCCGCUCCCACCCGGGAGACCUGCCAAGAGGCCACUGAAGCCCUUUUGACUGAACUUGCCAAAUUAGGGUAUAGAGCAUCUGCUAAGAAGGCACAGAUCUGCCAACAACAAGUGAUUUAUUUGGGAUAUUCCCUGAGAAAAGGGAAAAGGUGGCUUACUGAAGCCCGGAAGUAGACUGUGACGCAGAUUCCGGUCCCCACUACAGCACGCCAGGUUCGCGAGUUUCUGGGGACAGCGGGGUUUUGUAGAUUGUGGAUACCCGGAUAUGCUUCCUUGGCUGCCCCUCUGUACCCCCUUACCAAGGGGACAGCCCCGUUUGUUUGGGGAUCUGAGCAACAACAGGCCUUUGAUGAUAUCAAGAAAGCCCUCCUCUCAGCACCCGCUCUAGCAUUGCCAGACGUAACUAAGCCAUUUGUCCUUUUCGUGGACGAACAGAGCGGAGUAGCUCGAGGAGUGUUGACCCAACAAUGGGGACCUUGGAAGAGACCUGUCGCCUAUCUGUCAAAAAAAUUAGACCCCGUGAGUAGUGGGUGGCCUGCCUGCCUGAGAGUAGUAGCAGCUGUGGCCCUCCUAGUUAAAGAUUCUGACAAACUAACACUGGGACAAAAACUCACUGUGGUUGCUUCACAUGCGUUGGAGAGCAUAAUCCGGCAACCACCCAAAAGAUGGAUGUCAAAUGCCAGAAUGACUCACUACCAGACCUUACUCCUGAAUCGUGAUCGUGUGGAAUUUGCCCCACCCGCCAUCCUAAACCCAGCUACUCUGCUCCCCGAAUUGGGAAAAGAAGUACUUCAUACCUGCCAGGAAAUCCUGGCUGAGGAGACGGGGACCCGCCAGGACUUACAAGAUCAGCCUUUAGAAGGACCAGGACUCCUGACUUGGUAUACAGACGGGAGCAGUUACAUUAUGGAUGGUAAGAGAAUGGCGGGAGCUGCAGUAGUGGAUGAUAACCGAAUCGUGUGGGCCAGUGGACUUCCAACGGGCACUUCUGCACAGCGAGCAGAGCUCGUCGCUCUGACUCAGGCUCUAAAGAUGGCAGAAGGUAAGAGACUUAACGUCUAUACCGACAGCCGAUACGCUUUUGCCACCGCUCACAUACACGGGGCUAUUUAUACAGGGUUAUUGACUUCUGCCGGGAGAGAUGUUAAAAACAAACAAGAAAUUUUAAAUUUGUUAGAAGCCAUCCAUAGACCUAGAGAAGUGGCAAUAAUACAUUGCCCUGGGCAUCAAAAAAGCGACUCUCUAAUAGCUCAAGGAAACAGAAGGGCGGACCAAGCUGCAAAACAAGCAGCCCAGGGAAUGAAUAUCUUACCCCUCCAAGUGUACCCGGAGGCCACUUGUAUUAAGAGCUUCCAGUAUACACCUGAAGACCUCGCUUGUAUAAACAAAUUAGGGUUUAAAAAUUUCUCACCCCAUGAGAUAUACAAGUCUGAAAAAGGGAGAGUUGUCCUGCCCCAGAGAGAGGCAGAAGAAUACUUAAGGCAAUUGCAUCAAUUGACACAUUUGGGAGCAAAAAACCUAAAGACCUUGGUUCAAGACUCCCCUUAUCAUGUUAUUGGAUUAGGAAAACUGGCUGACGAGGUUGUAAGAAAUUGUGUUCCCUGCCAAUUAGUAAAUGUGAGUAAAAAUCCAGUAACAUCCGGGAAAAGACUUCGAGGGGAUCGCCCAGGAGCUUACUGGGAAGUUGACUUCACUGAGAUCAAGCCUGCUAAGUAUGGAUAGAAGUACCUUCUAGUUUUCCUAGACACAUUUUCAGGAUGGACAGAGGCAUUCCCCACCAAAACUGAGACAGCUCAGACGGUGUCUAAAAAGAUCCUUGAAGAAAUAUUUCCCAGGUUUGGAAUCCCAAAGGUAAUCGGCUCCAACAACGGCCCUGCCUUUGUUGCCCAGGUAAGUCAGGGAUUGGCCAAGAUUUUGGGGACGGAUUGGAAUUUGCAUUGUGCAUACAGGCCCCAGAGCUCAGGACAGGUAGAAAGGAUGAAUAGAACUCUAAAAGAGACCCUGACUAAAUUAUCCAUAGAGACUGGUUUAUAUGAUUGGUUGGUCCUCCUUCCCUUCGCCUUAUUCCGAGUUAGAAACACCCCCAGCCGUUUUAGACUAACACCCUUUGAAAUAAUGUUUGGAGCCCCGGCUCCACUAAAUGCAGCUCACCUCCACGUAUCCCCUGAAUCUGUGACUAAUAAGUUUCUGCUUGAAAGGUUACGGGCUCUGGAAGUUGUGCAGAAAGAAGUGUGGGCCUCUAUCCGAGAAGCCUAUCGGCCAGAGGACAUUUCAGUACCUCACCCGUUCCAAGUGGGAGACUCUGUCUACGUAAGGCGACAUCGAACGGAAAAUCUUGAGCCUCGGUGGAAAGGACCCUUCAUCGUCCUUUUGACCACACCUACAGCUGUGAAAGUAGAUGGCAUCUCUUCCUGGAUACAUGCUUCACAUCUGAAGAAAGCGCCUCAACCAGACCCGGACUAGCGAGUAAUUCGAACUGAUAACCCUCUUAAAUUUUCUCCCCCAUGCUCCCCGGUGCAAGGGGUGGAGGAGCUGGCUCUCCUGAGCUACCAGCACACAGGCCUGGAGGGGCUUCAGAAACCUCUGUGCAGUGCUUCCUCCGUGGCUGUGCAGGGGCCAAGCGGUGCCAAGGUGACCCCAAACCCUCCCAAACAGGCUGCUGACCUCCGUGUCAAGCCGAGGCCAGCCAAUCGGCACAUCGCUGCAGAGGUUAAGGAAAGGCAUGCAUUGGAGAGACAAGCACCCCGAGGACAGGAGAGCAGGUUCCCUUUAACUCCCCCAACCUUAGGGAAAUCUGACACCCAUCCCUGUGUGGCCUUGGGGCGCCUGAUGCAGAGAAUAAAGAGCCGGCACAAUGAGAGGAAGUGCUGCCGGCCCCCUCCCGCUCUGCUGGUUCCCUUAGAGAAGCGGAGGGCAGCAUCCAUUGCAGGAGACCCAGACAGCAACCAGCACAAAGUGAGUGGUGACCUGCCCCUGAGGAGGGAGCCCUUCCCAGGAGAGAGCUCAGGAGGGAGGUGA